AUGCUAGAAGCCCGAUUGCUCUGGAACAGAGCGACUGGUCGUAAUGGCGGACAGCUUGUGUCCAAUGCGGCCGAGAACAAUGCCUCCUGGCGACAGGCCCUGGGCCCCGAACAGGCGCGUCAGGUGAUUCAACUUACCUUCAACAAUGUGGAGAGGAUGCAACAGUUGGUUAAUGACGUUAGGCUGAAAGAGGAGGCGGAAUAUCGCGAUAUACAGAAAGUCCGAGCGUACUUCGACCAUGAUUCUUUCAAUGCCAUGUUAUCCAGCGUGGCUCAACUCAAGGCGGACUGCCCAAUGGUUUAUGCACUAUACGCCAUGCUCACAGGCGCACAGGAAGUUGAAAUAAGCUCUCCACCUUCCCCUUGA